UUGACAAGAACAACAGUAAAAUACCCAAAAUACAAUUUGCUGCUAUUUUAGUUUGAAUUCAAAUACAAUGGUUAUUUGAAAUAAAUUGAUUGUAUCCUCAAACAGUUUGUUGUAAAGAUGGAAUCCAGCUAUUUAGACUACGUGGCCCAGGCCUGUAUGGAUUUAACCGAAGCUACGGCAGCUGCAAGCAACGAAGCAGAUCGAGAUUCUCUAAUAACAAACCAUAUAAAGAAGGUUUCGGCAGUGGUCCCGCCUGUAGAAGACUUCAAAAAAAAUUUGGAAUGGGUAAAUGUCUCUGAACCUAUUUCUCUAUCUCAGCAUUGUUCAGAGAAAAUUGUGGUGUUAGACUUCUGGACAUACUGCUGUAUAAACUGUUAUCAUGUUCUACCUGAUCUGGCACACCUGGAAAAAAUUCAUAAACCUCAUAGUGGACUUGUUGUGAUUGGUGUCCAUUGUGCAAAGUUUAACAAUGAAAAAAAUUCUGAUAACAUAAAAUCUGCAGUGCAACGGUAUGGUAUACACCACCCUGUUGUAAAUGAUGCUGAUAGUUCUAUGUGGGAAGCUUUGGGAAUUAGAUGUUGGCCAACACUACUCAUAUUAGGCCCAGCUAACAAACCCCUCUUUGUAAUUACUGGUGAGGGACACAAAGACAAGCUGGUGUGGUAUGUUGAAGCUGCCUUGCGUCACUUUGGAUUGCGGAUCUCAGCGGCACCACUGCCCAUUUCACUUAACGCACAUGUGAAAGCUACAAAUAAUGAGAUACUUUAUUUCCCUAGUAAGGUAGCACUGAAUCCAUUUUACCGGGGUCGCGGCGAAGAGCCGUUUCUUGCGAUUUCUGACACCGGAAAUCAUCGCGUGGUACUGACGGACUGUUCGGGAAUCGUACUGCGUAUCAUCGGCGGUACGGAACCUGGAUUUAAAGACGGGAAGCUAAGCGAGGCGCUGUUCAAUUCACCGCAAGGUAUCUGCUGGUUGACGAGUACAGUGCUAGUGGUGUGCGAUACCAACAACCACGCCUUAAGAACCAUACACAUUGACGAGGGCAGCGUUGAAGUGCUCGUUGGUACCGGGGAACAGGCUCGGGUAGGCGAUUCAGGCGGAAAAUGCCUUGGACUGCAAGCGUUAUCCUCUCCAUGGGACGUACUUCUAUAUUCGACGCCCGACCUGGACAUGUCCGUUCGACCACUCCUGCCACCGCCACCCGCGCCUACAGGCUCCGGUCAGACCGCCCCGGACACUGACAGCGAAGAGAAAGAAAAUGUGAAACGUCGUGUCGUUUUGGUGGCUUGUGCCGGUUCGCAUCAGAUCUGGGCAUUGUUCCUCGAUAAUACACUAUGGUGGAAAUAUAAAUCAUAUCCUGAAGGUACUUCUAUAUGCAUCGCUGGAUCGGGUGCGGAGGCGGCUCGGAACAGCGCCUAUCCCCAUACUGCGGCAUUCGCGCAGCCCUCUGGACUCGCACUAAGACUAGGUACCAGUCCAGAAUUAUUUAUUGCUGAUUCUGAGAGUUCGUCCAUACGAAGAAUGAUGCUUUCCACCGGACAAGUCUCCACGCUCUGCGGCGGUGACCGAAACCCAUUAAAUCUUUUCGCCUUUGGGGACGUGGACGGUAUAGGUGUCGACGCAAAACUUCAGCAUCCACUUGCAGUCGCGUACUGCGAAUCAAACAAAAAGUUGUACAUCGCUGACAGUUACAAUCACAAGAUAAAAAAAGUGGACAUCGGCCCGCAGAAGGUCACCACAUUAAAUCCAACGAUGAUCGAGACCACGGACCCGGCGAAGUUCGCUGAACCUUCCGGCCUCUGCCUCAGUUUGGACGGAAAAUAUCUAUACAUAGCGGACACUAACAACCAUUGCAUUAAAAUACUGAAUUUGGCGAAAAACGUGUGCCAAGAGUUCAGAGUCCGUCUCGCAGAUCCCACUUUCAUAGAACCAGACAAUUUGAUCUUGUACAAAAAUGAUCUGUUCGUGAACAAAAAGUGCGGCAACCUCAUCAUAUAUUUCAACGUGAGUUUGGAAUCGGAUUUUAAAAGGGUUAAAUUCACUCCGGGCGCGCCGCAGAACUGGCACCUUUGCGUACGCGACGAGCACAAUAGAGACGUAACAACCGAAGAGUUCGAAUUCGUAGGGUGCUCCCACAAAGGAACUAAAUUACCCGGAAGAGUGGAAUUGAAACUUAGAAACAGGACGGAUAAGACUCAUUAUCGCUUGUAUCUCAGCUUUCAUACGGCGCUGUGUGAAGCCGGGGUGUGUUUCGCGCACGCUUUUACCGUACGAUCGAAUAUACUGGUGCGAGAUUCCGUUAAAAUCGUAGAGUCUUAUAAAAUAACUUGUAAAGUUAACCCUAUGAAUCGCAUGGAUCCCGAUCAAAGCAAACGAAUGUAAAAUAUCUACCUCCACGUUAAUUGAAUGCAUAAUUUGGUUUUGGUUACCAUACUAUAAUUUUGUAAAUAUGCCCAUAAUCUUUAAUACUCUGGAAUAACGACGGAAUCGUUAUUCAGUGUAUUGUCACAUCAAAUACAAAUUCAAGCACUUAUGAAGCGUUCAUACAUAUAAUAUGUUUACAUAAUUGUAAGGGGAUGGUGAUAACUUCGUUCGCCAACUUAAAUUUAAAGCUACGAGGGUUCCAAACGCGCCCUGGUCUAAGAAGAGCCCACAACAAACUUAGCCAGGUAUUUUUUUUUUUUUUAUACCAAACACAACACUUAAUAACUAUUCCGUCGUUAUUCUACAUUUAUUUGUAAGGCCCUUAGAGUCAGACUUUAAAUUAGGUGCAGUGAACUAACGUUUUAAAAUUCCAUUCUGUAUAUUAAUGUUGCCAACCUAGUUAUAUAGUGAUGAUACGUUUCACAAAAGACGACAACACAUCGUCAUAAUAGUUGUAUUAUUAUAUGUAUUAAAUGAAAAAAGGCUGUUUACUACUGGCUGAUAUAAUGAAAUA